GCACGUGUGUACUAAUGUUAUGUGCGGUAGUGUGGGAUCCUGAAGUGAAGUGAUCCGUAGUGACUAGAAUAAAUACAUGAAUUUACUGUAUGCGGCCUAAAAACACAUGCCGUAAAGCAACUCGUCAACCUUCUCAUCGAGAUGAGAGUGCAAAAUUGCUAAUCAUAUAUGAACUACGGUCAUGCAUUAAUAGAGAUUUGGGAAUAAAGGAAGAUCUUCAAGCAGAAGCAAAGUCUAAGGAAGGAAAAUUUAUGACAUAAAAGAAAAGAAUAUACUGCAUGGGCCUAAAGUAAUGAAGCAGUUGAAACAUUAAAGUGCACGGGGAAAUUGUGGCUUACUUCGUUAGACAUAUAAAUUUUAUUCAUUUGAAAUGGGAAGGUUGGUGUGGUUCUUGCUCAUCGUGGGUCUGUCUCCAGUUAUGACUGCCAUGUGUCCGUCAAUAUGCCAGUGUUCUACCAACCAAACUGCUGACUGCUCCUCUAAGAAACUGAUGUUAGUGUCCUCUGAUACAUUCAAACUGUCAGGCAACCUCCUCGUGCUUCAAUUAGAAAACAACCUUAUAAGUUCUCUUAGUGCCAAUGUCUUCUCAUCACUUACAAAUCUGAAAAGAUUAGACCUUGAUCAGAAUAUGCUGAAAGAUCUCCCAGAGUCACUGUUUAUGUCUUUGCAUGAACUUACAAUUCUUUAUUUGAAUGAGAACAUGUUGACCACAUUACCCGCUAAAAUAUUUAGUAAUCUGGAGAACUUGAUCAUUCUCUGGUUACAAAAAAACAAAAUUGAAUCUCUUCCAUCAGAAAUAUUCAAAUCACAAAAGAAUCUCAAAACUCUGAAUCUAAUAAACAAUGCACUAAGUAAGUUGGAUAAAGAGUGGUUUAAUAGUUUAGUCAAUUUAGAAUUUCUGGCAUUAUCUAAUAACCAGCUGGUUACUAUAGAGGAGGACACAUUUUCUAAACUGAUAAAUUUAAAAAACCUUUCCCUUCACCACAAUCAGAUCAGGUCAAUACAGGAUCGUGCUUUUAGUCAGAUGCCAAAAUUGGAAAUCCUAUGGCUGUAUGACAAUAAACUUGUGGAAAUAAAUGACGGUAUUUUUAUCGGUGCAACGUCUAUAAGAGCCUUAUCAUUAUACAAUAACCAAUUAACAACAAUUAGUAGCAGGGCAUUUGAAACUCUCACAAACUUGGAGCAGAUAUAUCUUGAUGGAAAUUUGUUGACAUCAUUGGAUUCUAGUCUAUUAAAUUCACAGAAUAAGCUACGUAUGCUUGAACUCCAGGAUAACAAAUUGACCUCUGUGAACUUUGAGCUCCUGAAGCCACUCAACAGUCUGAGAACAUUCAAUCUAUCAGGGAAUCCACUCAUCUGUGAUUGUGCUUUAUGGGAUGUAUGGCUGUGGUGGAAUGCACAUUUUCUAAACCCAAUGGCCACAUGCCGACUUCCAGAAGCAAGUGUUAUAGUUAGUAUCAGAGAACAACUUCAGAAUCUAACAUGCAACCCAGAGAAAUCAACUAAUGUACAGCCGACUAUCAAAGUUCAAAAUGCUGAUGAUGUGAAAAACCUGAUUGUUGGAUGCUUGGUCAUACUCAUCAUUAUUUCUGCCAUGUUGACUGGCAUUCUUAUUUACAUUAGAUUAUACAAAGCAAAAUAUCAUGUACAAGAUAUGUUACUGCCACUGGAGGCUGAAAGAAAUUAAUAUGUACAAAUAUUAAUAAAGCUAUGUAUGGAAUGAAAAUAUGUAUCUGCUGGAAAGAAGCAGCAGUAGCUAUGAUCCUAUUAUACAUUUUUUUCUGCGCUAUGUAAUUUAAAAGUAGCCCACGUUUACUGUCUGACAAAGAAUAGGAUGUGGUUCCAGGUACUUCUUCUUUUAAACAAGGAUGAUGGAAAAGUACAGACAAUGAAUCAUUUUAAGUAUAAUCCACCACUGUCAGAACCCUUUAGAUUCGAAAUUAUUAAAAUGUUUCUGAAAAAGAAGGAUUUUUACACUAAAUUUUUGACUAAUCAGAUAUUUAUAAAUGUAAUAUAUUAAUUUUAAAAUUCCUGCACUGCUUUUUAUAAUAGAAGAUAAUAAAUAAAUAUCAUUUAAAUUUUUCUUUUGUUGAUAGUCAACACAAAUGUGAGGAGUCUGUUCAUCUUGAAUUUACUUUCCUUUUGUCUUUCUGGUGUUAUGCAUAAUUUUUUCGGAUAACAACACAAAUUCCUGGACAUUUUUCUUUGCCCUGCUUUUAACCAAAAACAGUUUAACAACGUAUAUUAAGUGAGUAAAUUUUAAAAUAAACUUGUACAUUUCAAACAAAUACAGAUAUCCGUAAUAUGAGAACAAGAUACAGAUAUAACCUUCAAUGCUGAUUUCUAACCUCAAUAAAAAUAAAAAGGGAGUUUCCUAUACUGGAAUUAAGUUAGUCAAUAAUCUUCCAUCUAAUAUAAAAAGUUUAAACCACGAUAUAAAAAUGUUUAAGCCAAUGUUAAAAGAGUAUCUCCUAUCUCACUCCUUCUACUAAGUAGAAGAAUUAUAAAUACUUGUGAGUAAUAAUGGCGAUGGUUUUCAUCAUAAUUAUUUUGCUGUAAUACUGUAGUUCCAAAAAUGUGUCAAUAGCUGUUUUAACUAUGAAUUUAUAUUUGUACUAGAAACAAGUAUUGUAUUUGUGCCAUGACCUGUUCUACAUCCUUGGCUUAGAAUUAUGAAGGAUCUAUGGAAUGUAAAUAAAUUCUAUUCUAUUCAUUA